GGAUUGACAGAAAGGAGGGCGGGGAUUGGCUGAGUCAGGUCGAGCCGGCCAAUCGGAGCAGCGCCUCCUUUUCCCGCGCGCGGGAAAAAGCAGUCAGAAGAGGAGAAGGCAGGAUGGCGUCGGGAAAAGGCGGCGAGAAGCUGGGCCUACGCGGGGACUACGACGCCGAGAUGGACAAGGCGGCGUCCUUCCUGGAGGGAUUCUUCUCCAGCUCUUCCUCUUCUCUCCCUUCGGACCAGGCCGGGAAGCGCUUCCCCUACCGGGAGCAGCUGACCCUUCUGGCGCACCGCGAGGCCUCCACGCUGCGGGUGGACCUGGACGACGUGGCCGAGGAGGACCCGGCCUUGGCGGAAUCAGCCUGCGAGAACGCCCCCCGCUACCAGCGCCUCUUCGCCGACGCCGCCGCCCGGCUCCUGCCCGCCUACAAGCAGAGAGAGGUCAGCACUCGGCACAACCGAAGGGGGUGCCGGGAAAUGUAG